UUAAACAAUCAUUUUCUUUUACUGACAAUGAGCAAGGUGCAGUUAUAGAGCCUUUCAUUAACCUUGCUGAGAAAGCAGUUUAUAAUUUUCUUGUUAAAAACGAAUGUAUUAUUCCUUUAGAAACUGUUAAAAAUAAAUUGGCUCAUGGAAUAGUGAUUGAUGAAAAAGGUCAUUGGAGUGACCAUGCACUCCAAGACGUUGCUAUUUUAGCUUGUGAAGUUAUCAUUUGUUUUGGUAGAAAUUAUGAAGAAGCCUUUGCCAACAAGGAAAAUGUUGAUAAUGAAAUAAUUAAAUGA